CAAUCACGUUCAAGACCUGUAAUGAAAGUUUGACCGUAUCACUUUAUUCCAGGAAAUGCUCAAAAACAUUUUUUGGCGACCGGCCAAAACACAAAAGAGUUUCCUACGGGCCGUGAAGCAGCUGAGUGUCAGCUUCAAAGUCGGAAGCGCGGAGCGCCGCUCAUAAAGCACCGGUGAUCGCGGACGCGGACAAGCACGGCCACGGAGGAGCCGGUCCUCCCACCGCAGAUGCAUGUAGGAAGACGGAAAGACACCAGUGGAAUGGACUUCAGGACUCUUAUAUCUUCUUUUUUGUCCCUCUUCCUAGUUUGAGGAUUAAGGAGGGAGACUGGAAAAUCUCCAUGAAGUUAUGGGAACGUUGGAGGACUAUAUGAAUUGCACCCUCAGCUAUGAGAUCCACCGAUACCUGUUUUCUGCAGUGUACAUCCUUGUGCUGCUGGUUGGCCUUCCUGCCAACCUGUACUCCCUGUACCACGCAUGGCAGCAGCUGCGGGCACGCAAUGAGCUGGGCGUGUACCUGCUGAACCUGACCGUCUCCGACCUGCUCUACAUGGCCUCGCUGCCCAUCUGGCUGCAGUAUUUCUUCCAGGGUGACAACUGGAUGUACAACGAGUGGCUCUGCCAGCUCUGCGGCCUACUGCUUUAUGAGAACAUCUACAUCAGCAUCGGCUUCCUCUGCUGCAUCUCCAUCGACCGCUACCUCGCCAUCGUCUACCCCUUCGGUUUCACCAAAUUCCGCACCAUGCGGGCAGCCAUUAUAGCCAGUGCUCUCAUCUGGCUGAAGGAGCUGGCUGUGGGCGUGAACUUCUUCAACCACAAAGAGGUCACCCCAGCUAUGGCCAACCAAUCGGUCUGUUUCGAACAUUACCCAAUGAAAGAAUGGGAGAGGUCCAUCAACUUCUAUCGCUUCUUUGUGGGAUUCCUGUUUCCUCUCGGCAUUCUGUCCAUGUCGUACUUGCGUGUCCUGCGAGCCGUGAACAAGAGUGUGGGAACCCAGAGCUCGCAGAAGAGGCGCAUCAAGCAGCUAGUGAGCAGCACCAUAGUGAUCUUCCUGGUGUGCUUCUCACCUUACCACCUCUUCCUGCUGGUGCGCACCGUGUUUGAGGACAACUGCGACUUCAUAGAGAGCAUCUUUAACUACUACCACUUCGCGCUCGUUCUCACCAGUUUCAAUUGUCUGACUGACCCUCUGCUUUACUGCUUUGUUAGUGAGAAUGCACAGCGUGACAUGCAGUGGGCUCAGGAGUCCUGCUUACGAUUGGUGUGCUGUAAGCGUGUUGACGGCCCCGAUAACACAACUGAUGUCCCCGUAACAAUACAGAAUAGCACUGGAGUGAUAUUGGUAGAGCAGCAACCCAAACAGGACUCUUAGAGGGACAAUCGAAGCUAGGCUGGGCCUGGCAGCUGCAGUACUGUGCUGGACUGGCUUAUAACAAAAGAUUCAUCAAAAAAUGGUCAUGCAGUCAAACAUUGGGACUACAGUAGUAUUUGACCUUUUAAGCUUGAGUGACGUGUAUUUUAAUGGUCAUUCUCAGGGGUUUCUGGCUUCCUACCACAUAUGAUUAUGGUGUAUACACUCAAAGCAGCUUGUACCUUUUGCUUGUCACUGGGGCUGUACGCUCAGUGGCUGUACCCUCAAACCUAAUUUUAACUCUUAGCUGUACCUAAGUGUAUCUGGACUCUGAGGAACAUUUCUGUACCAUUGAUGGUACAUUAAUGCUGUUUGUACCUUAGGGAUGUUCCUCAGAGUCCGUAUCUGUAGCUUAAACGGUACAAUUACAAGGGUACAGCCCCAGAGAUAAGCAAAGGUACAAAUUUUUACCCUUUUUCUGAGGGUGUAGAUUUCCACACCUUGAACCAGCCAUGUUCUGUCUGUGUAGAAGGCCAGUCUUCCACAGUGGGCCUAUUCUAAAGCUUUUGUCCAACUGUUUCUUCAGGUAGAUGAUGAUUGUGUAGGUCAGUAAUGUGCAUUUUUCCGCUAUAGCUUGAACAAACCAUCAGAAUGCUUGAAAUGGCAGACAGCAAUCUUGCAUAAGAUUUUCAAAAGAAUGAGUGUCAAAAGUAGGAUUAAGCAUCAGCUGUAUAAGAACAAAUUGUGAGAACUGAAUGGACGGCACUACAGCUUGCCAGGUCUUUUCAGUCUACAUUUUGAUCUCAGGUGUUCGGGAAUCAUACUAUGACUUCAGUCUAUAACAGUGUUUCCCAAUCCAGUCCUAGGAGACCAAUAAUAGGUCCAUGUUUUUGCUCCCUUCCAGCUCUUGAUAGGGAGCAAAAAUGUGGAUUGUCCGUGGGUCCACAAGGACCAGAUUGAGAAACGCUGGCCUGUAGCAUCUUGUCCAGAAUGUACCCUACCUCAUGCCCUGUGCUUUCUGGGUAAGGGGCUCAAAGGUCCCUAUAACCUGGGUAAGCAGCCAUACAAAAACAUAUGGGGGACCCUAUCAGACAAAGGGAUUUAGGAAGAACCUUCCCUUCUAAUUCCAGGAGUUCACAGUCUACCAAAACAGCACAGGCACGUUUAAUAGAGAGAUACUCACAAAGAGUGUGUGGGGUGAGAGCUGUGGUUCCCCAGCAGGCUGUGUAACCUAGAUGACUUCCCACUGCCAGAGCAUUGGCACCCUAGGGGAGGCGGAGAACAAUGAAGUGAAUUAAUUGGGUUAUUUCAAGCUAUUUUAUGAAGGUCAAAUGUGUAGAAACUGACCAGACUGACUGUGGCUGCUAACCGCACUUAUUUAUUUGAUACUUUGCCUCAAGCCAGUACUUUUGGUUUUAUAGAAUAAGAGCAGACAGUGAGCAAAGCACAGUCCCUGCCCAGCUCUGAGUAGUACCGUAAAUACACGCCACAUAUGUGAAAGUAUUAUAGAUGUCAAGGUUGGGUACAGGAGUUUGAGUCCUUCAGCGUUUCCUUUAGGAAAAUUUUAUUUUAAUGCACAGCAAAGGGUGUACUUUAGAAACGGUCAAAUUACUAUAAGCAUCUUGUGAAUUACUUGCUCUUCAAUGUACAAUAAUAAGCUUGUAUAUAAACAUAUGUAUAAUGUCAGUAUGUUUUGUACUUUUUAACCAUUUUGAAAUGUCAUGUAUUUGCAUAGUUACUUUGUGUGUGUCUUUUGCCUACAUUCAGUUCUGCAUUACUCAAAUGCUAUAACAUCCUUGGAAUAAUUGUCCAGACUGCUUUCCCUGCUAAUGCACAUUUCUGCCAUUGUACAUGUUUAAGGGAUUUGGGUAGAAGGUAAUAGUGAGGUGGUAAUGUAAAAAAAAAAAAUCUAAUAAAGUAUAAAGUUUCUUAUUUUA